GGAAUUUGGUGGGUCUGAUUACAAGAGAAGGCUGGAGCAGCUGGGUACCGUCAGCAGCCUGAAGAGUGAGGAAGAACCCAAGUAAAAACGCUCAGGUUUGGUCACAUUCCCUGACAAGUUGGAACAGAAAGAAGCAGAGUGCGUGUGUAUGUAUGUGAGUGAGGGGGAGAGAGAGAGCAUGCUAGUAUGUUUCAUUAUGCCUAAAUCACCUGCAGCUCAGAGGCACAUUAUUAACAAGACGGUGAACUUGGGUGUUUUAUCUCAUGCAAAUGUCCCCCACAUCCCAUCUUUCCCCCAAAACCUGGGUUCCCCAACCCCCUCCACUCCCAGCCCCCAUUAGUCUUCUUCGCUCACACCCAUUCCAGCAGCUGUCGCACUGAUGCAUGGAAUUCUCUGAGCUUUGCUGUGGGGGCUCAUUCUUAAUCCACUCCCUGGUACUGUCACUACCCUCCUCUGCUGGAAAAUCACACUCCAAAUUGGACUUCCUGUUCCUCUUUCUCUUUUGUCAAGUUGAUUCUGCUGCUUGCCGUGCUUUUGGAGGCUGCCUGUGCGCAUUGGCGUGUGGAAGCGUGUCGUGUGUGUGUGUGUGUGUGUGUGUGUUUGUGUCCACAUGGCGCAGGAUGGCUACUACACAGUGGUGAUCGUCCCCCUGCCAACCAGCCUGUACAGCUUGGAUGCGCUGCAGUACUUUCACUGGCUGAAGAGGCUGCAAGCCUUGGAGAGGGAAAGAGACAGUCUGUGCAUGGGGCUACGGGAUCUGGAGGAGGUCCGGCUCUGGUACCAGCGGCGGCUGGCGCACAUCCCACAGAGGCAGGCCAGGAUCAGCAUGAAGGACUGCGAGCCCGAGGAGGGUUGGACAUGUAUGCUGCGCUCCCACAUGCUGCGCCUUAACGGCAGUCUGGGCCGGCUGCUGGCCGAUGGCUGCGCAUGGAGCUCCCUCACCCACCACCAAAGAGAUGGAACAGACUGGAAGCUGCGCUGGAACAAUGCCAUCCUCACCCAGGAGGUGAGUCAAAAGAAUCGUCAGAUUUCUGUGUUGGAGCUUGAGAAAGACAUCCUCAUUCAACAACAAGAUGGCAUAUAUUACUUCUGACUAAGGACUCCCAACACACAUACACAGUUUCUACAUUUACUGUAAAUAUGUUUGAUAAACUGUACAUGAGAGGCAUUUAUGAUAUAAAAUUAUACUAUGUCAGUGCUUGUAUGAAUGGAAGGUGUCACUUGAACAUGAAUGUGAGAUUUUGUAGUACUUUUUCCUUGCUACAUUAAAACAAAAACUAAUUUAUUAUUA